AGAUUGUAUUACAACAGUUAUAACUCUAUCUUGGAGAAAGUUUUCAGUUUGAUUUUUUGAUAUGUUUUGAUGGUAAAACCACAAAUAAUUCAACGGGAUAAAUAUAAUUGCAAUUUGAGCACUACUUUUGUUUUCCACGAUAGUGUUAGCUGAAUUUAAACUAAAAAUGGUGGUUGCCCGUUCUGGACAGUUGAGGAAGGUUUUCUUAAUUGCCUAAAUUGUUAGCUUUUAACGGUCGUGUCAGUUAAGCUAAAACAAAUCAUGGCGGGUGACUUCUGCGAAAAGUUUGGGAAAUGGUUUUUAGUUGCCCUCAACAUAUUAUUUUUUUUACUUGGUUUAGGAUUAUUGGCAACAGGAGCUUUAGUUAACAUAAAUGCAGUUUUUGAAGAGGUUUUACCCACUUUAAACAAAGUUCAAGUGGUGGGAAAUAAUUUUGGCGAUCUUUUGAACAGCAUCUCCAUCUUGGUGAUCAUUAUUGGCAUCUUUGUGGCUUUGGUAGCAGGUUUAGGACUAUUUGGAGCAUGCUGUGAGAACAAAUUUAUGUUAAUUGGGUACGCCAUCCUGUUGCUUAUAUUGGUGAUCAUGGAGACAACAACCGUUGUAUUCUUAUCUAAAAUGUCAAUGUUCAAUGAUAAAAUCAAGGGUGCCAUGCUCAGAGAGCUACAAAAAAAAUUUAUAGAUGAUUCUUUCAACACUUCCAACGCAUUUUCCAAUGGAUGGAAUUACAUAUUUUUAAAGUAUGAUUGUUGCGGAGUGAAUCCUGUUAGAGGACCAAACAACGACUUUGACGAAACUCCCUGGUGUAAGCAAAAAGGUGAAUGUUAUAUGAAUAAUGCACAGAUACCGAAGGCUUGCUGCAUUGGAGUGGAUGAAUCUAAUUUUGAAUCAAAUGCAACCGCUAGCUGCUACUCCGAUGUAUCUGGAAAUUAUAAGACGAAGGGUUGUUAUGAUAGACUUCAAGAAUUUAUUCAGAAAUACUCAAGGCCUGCCAUUGGGGUGUCAGCUGUUGUCAUAGUAAUCGAGAUUUUGGCUUUUGUGUGCGCCAUUAUCUUAUGUAAGGGAAAAUCAGAGUCUAAGGCUGUAUAAGAAGUUUACAAAGGAGAAAUGUGUGCCCAAUACGUGUCCAUCAUCAUCUUAUCUAUAGACUGAUAUCAGUAUUUAAUCACCUGUAGUCAUGUCUGUUCAAAAUAAGUUAAUAAUCAUGUUUUUUAUGGGGCUUUUUUAAAAUCACUUUUCCCAUCAAUAUUUUUCUUCUUAUUUUGUUCUUCCUAAAGGUAUAAGAUUGAUCAUUAAUGAAUAACUCGUAAAUCAACGAUCUUUUAUUAUUAGACCUAAUUGACAGUUUUUAGCAUAUAUUCUAUAUGUACUCAUUUAAUACAUGUAUA